GGGGUUGUCCCAAGUCGCGGGUGGGGUUUGGGGGACUCCUCUUCCUCUACUUCCCACUACCCCCUUGCACACACCCCAAAACGUCCCGGGUCCCUUGUCCUCCACUCCUCCUCCCCCUCAGGUUUGAGAUGGGUGGGUGGCUUUGCGUGGGUGGAAGAUAUCAGGGAUGAGGGGACUCCCCAAUUCUAGGUCAUGCCUUCUGCCCUUUUUCUUGGUUCGCGUUGGCUGGGGUGUUCUUGUGGUGGGCGAAAGUCACUACGUUGGCUAGUGGCCUUGGUCCUUAACCCAUUGGGUCUGUUUUAAGGUAAAUUGCUGGGAGUUUGAGAGGUAAAAUUUUUUUAUUUAUUGAAAUUCUUUGGGGUUUUCUCUCAGGAUAGAAGUGGAAGAAGAAUCUUUUCUCCCCCUCUUCCUCCAUUUGCAGUCUUUGUGAGGUCUGUCUGCCGUGUGCUUUUUGUCCCAGAUUAGCCUUGUUCAAGGAUGGAGAUUCCCAGGCAUGGAGGCUAUAGCUUCUGGCUUCCAUUAAUCAAAUUCGUUAACCUUUUAAAGGAAAAUUGAUUUUUGUCUAUAGUCACUUCAGAAAAAUAACAUACACUGAAGAUGAAUUAAUGCACUUAAGAUUGUAACUUAGUUACAUAUGGUAGAUAUGUUAACUUAUCCGAUUUUUGGAGAUGAAACUAGUGUUUCUUUUUAAAUUAGGAGAUGAAGUAAUGGAUUGUUUUAGUUAAAGUGACACAGCUGGAAAGCCUCGUAUGGAGUUUGGGGGAGAUGGUCUGUUCAAAUAGAAUGUUUUUCCUAUUCUGAGUUGGAGUACCCCUGUCUCCCUUUUGAGGGAUAUUAUUGCUCCUUUUACCCGUUCGCCAAAUUUCCUUAUUAAAUGAAGGUUCUUCUAGUUAACUGGUGUUAAAUUUAAAGAAAUCACUCAGGUGUCACCUUUGGUAAAAUGAACUCAGGUUUAAGAUUAAGAAACUGGUUUCAAACUGACCCUUUGGCCUCUGGAGCAAAUUCAAAUGUAACCCCCCUCCCCCCCAUCUUCCUUCUCUUCCAGAUUAAUUAAAAGAAGAACAAACAGUAAUCCUUGAAGAUAACUGGGCAGUUUUUCUUUAAAUCAUCUUUAAUUGUAAAAGUUCAAGUGGAGUCAGAGGCUCUUCUUACUGGCCUGACGAUUUAUACAAGUCUUCAGUUUGUCAACACAGACCAACAGAUUAUCAUCUUUAGAGAAGAUUUUUUUUUUCUUUUUUUGUUGUCCUUGGUGCCAAAAAUUAAAUUUGGGUGCAUCACUUGACUCGUGUUUGUGUCUAGGUUUUAUGACGGAAGUAAUUUCAUAAACUUUUCACUUGUCUUGCUUAAAACCAAACCAAACCAAACCAAACCAUUGCAUUGAACCUGGAAAUCUUGAAUUGAGAGAAUUGGUAACUUUAAGUUAAUGUAUCCGAAGAAUUAAAAAAACAAGUUUCCUCAGAGUUGUGCCUCUUAAAAUUCUUUAUUAUUGGAAACAAAUUUUAUAGUACUUGGAGUGAAAUCUUACUAGAGUAUAAGCAGAACCGAACAAAUUUCAAUGUUUAUUGAGUAAUUUAGGAAGAGAUCUCUUUGGAAGUUUAAAUUUUCUAUGGGAGUAAGUUACCAUAAGUAUUGGUAUACAUUACUUUCUUCAAGUAAGCAAUUAAAUAACAAUGCAAAUCUCAGAUUUACUUAUUUAAUACAAUAGUUUUUAGCAAUGGAAAACCUACAGACAAAUUUCUCCUUGGUUCAGGGCUCGAAUAAAAAAAUGAAUGGGUUGGGAGAUGAUGGCAGCCCUCCAGUGAAAAAAAUGAUGACAGACAUUCAUGCAAAUGGAAAAAUGAUGAUAAACAAGAUGCCAACAGUAAAGAAGGAACACUUGGAUGACUAUGAAACGCCAAUGGAAACUGAUGGAGAGCAUGUCAAGCGAACCUGUACCUCUGUGCCUGAACCUUUACAUUUAAAUCCCAGUUUGAAACACACUUUGGCACAAUUCCAUUUAAGUAGUCAGAGCUCUCUGGGUGGACCAGCAGCAUUUUCCGCUCGAUACUCCCAAGAAAGCAUGUCACCUACUGUAUUUUUGCCUCUUCCAUCUCCUCAGGUUCUUCCUGGUCCAUUGCUCAUCCCUUCUGAUAGCUCCACAGAACUUACCCAGACUGUGUUGGAAGGGGAGUCAAUUUCUUGUUUUCAGGUUGGAGGAGAGAAGAGACUCUGUUUGCCCCAAGUCUUAAAUUCUGUUCUCCGAGAAUUUUCACUCCAGCAAAUAAAUACAGUGUGUGACGAAUUGUACAUCUAUUGUUCAAGGUGUACUUCAGACCAGCUUCAUAUCUUAAAGGUCCUGGGAAUACUUCCAUUCAAUGCCCCAUCUUGUGGGCUGAUCACAUUAACUGAUGCACAAAGACUAUGUAAUGCUUUAUUGCGGCCACGUACUUUUCCGCAAAAUGGUAGCAUACUUCCUGCUAAAAACUCAUUGGCUCAGUUAAAAGAAACUGGCAGUGCCUUUGAAGUGGAACAUGAAUGCUUGGGCAAAUGUCAGGGCUUAUUUGCACCCCAGUUUUAUGUUCAGCCUGAUGCUCCGUGUAUUCAGUGUCUGGAGUGCUGUGGAAUGUUUGCACCCCAGACAUUUGUGAUGCAUUCUCACAGAUCACCUGACAAAAGGACUUGCCACUGGGGCUUUGAAUCAGCUAAAUGGCAUUGCUAUCUUCAUGUGAACCAAAAAUACUUAGGGACACCUGAAGAAAAGAAACUGAAGAUAGUUUUAGAAGAAAUGAAGGAGAAAUUUAGCAUGAGAAAUGGAAAGAGAACUCAAUCUAAGAUAGAUACACCAUCAGGAAUGGAAUUACCGUCAUGGUAUCCUGUUAUAAAGCAGGAACAUGAUCAUGUUUCUCAGACACAUUCAUUAUUACACCCCAGCUACUACUUAUACAUGUGUGAUAAAGUGGUUGCCCCAAAUGUGUCACUUACUUCUGCUGUAUCCCAGUCUAAAGAGAUCACAAAGACAGAGGCAAGUAGAUCCUUACCACGACAGUCAGAGAAGCCUCACAGUAGUGGGAAACAUCAGAAAACAGUGUCUUAUCCAGAUGUCUCACUGGAGGAACAGGAAAAAAUGGAUUUAAAAACAAGUAGAGAAUUAUGUAGCCGUUUAGAUCCAUUCAUCUCAAAUAAUUCUGUAAGUAAAAAGAAACCCGAGUCUACCACUUGCAACUCAGUCAGAGACACAAGCAAGGCGGGAAUUGACCAUGAUACUGCAGCUUCAUCUCCACUUCUUGUCAAAGAUGUCAUUUGUGAGGAUGAUAAGGGAAAAAUCAUGGAAGAAGCAAUGAGAACUUAUGUAAAACAGCAAGAAAAAUUGGACUCAAUUUUGCAGAAGAAGCAACAACUUCAGAUGGAAGUUGAAUUGUUGAAUAGUUCAAAAGCUAUGAAGGAACUCACUGAAGAACAGCAGAAUUUACAGAAAGAGCUUGAAUCUUUACAGAAUGAACAUGCUCAAAGAAUGGAAGAAUUUUAUGUUGAACAGAAAGACUUAGAGAAAAAAUUAGAGCAGGUAAUGAAGCAAAAAUGUACUUGCGACUCAAAUUUGGAAAAAGACAAAGAAGCUGAAUAUGCGGCACAGUUGGCAGAAUUAAGACAGAGAUUGGACCAUGCCGAGGCGGAUAGGCAAGAACUCCAAGAUGAACUCAGACAGGAACGGGAGGCAAGACAGAAGUUAGAAAUGAUGAUAAAAGAGCUAAAGCUGCAGAUUUUGAAAUCAAAGACUGCUAAAGAAUAGAAACCUUUAAAGAGAUUCGUCUGUGUAUUCUCGACAGGGUUUAUUUUGUUUGUUUGCUUUGCUAAUUGAAUUCCGAACCGUUUAUCUGCAUGAAGAUAACUUAGGUGUUUUAUCCAUUUGUAGAUCAGAGAAAAUGAAGAAAUUAUAUAUAUUAGUACAUAAAUUUUUACAUUUUCCAAAUGAAUGGAAAUGUAUGUUUCUUUGUACUUUUUUUUUGCAACCAGCUUAGUAACAGUACUCUGUGGUUUCAACUAUUAGAUGACCUGCCUAUAUUUCUAAUGCAAAUUUAACAGUUGCAUACUUUUUAAAAGCUGCAUUGUAUGGUGGAAAAUAAUUGUGGUCAAUUUUGUUAUCCAUAUUUCAGACUCAAUUUUAGAUAACAAUGGUGGUGUCAUAUUUCAAAUAUAUAGAGCUUAAGGGGUUGAAUCUCCAGUUUUUUCCAUUAACGAUCUACUUUCUAAGUUGAUAUAUUUAUUAUUAUAUACAAAAUUUGCUUUUAUUUUGUUCAUACUGUGGAGUGAAUUUCCAUCAGUUUUCUUCUUUUUAAUGUCUCCUAAGAGACAUUUUAUCAAAAGAAGAAUUUCAUUGAUGAAGUUAUAGCACACCCCGUGGGCAUAAAUGGGGAAUGAUAGUAUGCUUUGUUAUAAUCCUGCUGCUAAACACAAGAAGCAGUUGUAAUUUGAUUUUUGGUUUAUACGUGGUUAUAUUUAGAAUUAUUUUUUUUAUGAGGAAAUGUCAGGAGAGAGAGAAUAAAAUGUAAAAGUUUCUGAACUUUUGUUUAUGUUAAUAGUGGUGUGAAAUGUUAAUGUUCUUGAGAAAAACUGAUACUGUUGAUGUACAUCAGUUUCUAUACAAUCCAUAAUCUUCCUGUACAGUUUUUAUAUGUAGUUAUGGGUCUUACUGAAAUUUAUAUAAUUUGUUUUCCUUUAAAUUGUAAAAUAUUAAAUGCCUUGAAGGUUAUUUUGGACUUUUGUAUGUUUAAAUGUUGUCUUAUCAAAAUUUGCCCGAAUGGACCAUUUCAAUUACUACUUAUUAUCAAAAUCAGGAAUUUACAGUCAACUGAUUAGUGUAUGAUAGGUUAAUAUAGUCAUCUGCUACUAAAAGAUUUUUAGAUAAUUUUUAGAAGAGAGGAAUUCUGUAGUUUGGUAGAGGGGCAACAUCUUCUGCACUUUUUUUUUUUUUUUGCACAGUAAAGUCUCAUUCCUUAAUGGCAAAUUUCUUAUUAGUUAAUUCGUGGCUUAAAAGAUAUUCAGUAAAAUUCUUAGUAUGCAUUUUUUAAAAGAAGUUUCCUGAAGCUACUAUUAAUUGAUAUUCUUAUCCCAUGAAUUUUAUGUUUCUCAUGUUCUUGCAUAAGGUACUGAAUGAAAUUACUUGAGAGCUAAGUUUAUUUUUAAAAUAAAUCAGCUAGAGUUAAGGUUAUAUGCUGUUCCCAGCGUAAAUGAUAGCUACUCAAAUGAUACAGAUCUUCAAAAAUCAGUAGGUUAAACUAGUUAUUUUUAUAUUUUGCUUAGUGAUACUAAUGUAUCCUAAAUGAAUUUUUGUACUUCCUUUUUUUUUUUUUUUAGGUGAGGCAACCCUUGAUUGACCUCACAGAUUGCAAGGACCUUGUCAAUUUACAACCUUUUAUUUUUUUAUUUUUUACACCUACAGCACCUGAUCUUUCUUGGUGGUCUCCCAUCCAAGUACUAACCAGGCCUGACCCUGCUUAGCUUGAGAUCAGACAGGAUCGGGCUUAUGAAUUUUUGUACUCCCCAAAGUAUAGUUUCUUCGCAAGAGUGUAAUCUAAAUGUGUAUUAUCUAUUUUCCAUUUAAAUUUUACUGUAUCAAUCCUGCAAUUAAAUUUGUUGACUUUUAGAAUCUUCUCAAGGAGGAACAAAUGUAAAAAUGACGUAGAGGAACAAAUUUAAAAUGACCUACCCUCAUAAUACUUUUUAUUUAGAUCUGGAGAAAGAAAAAUCACAAAGACAUUUUAUGAUACAGUUUCGCUUUAGUUGUGAAUUACCCGUGUUACAGCUAAGGUUUUUAAGAGACAAACUCAAGCUCCUGUAGUUUCAUUUAUUUUUCUAAUUCACUCAAGAUCUUUCUGUUUGUUAUUUAGUAAAUGUUAAAUUUACUUAAGUUUCAACCCAAAACUUCUAAAAUAAAUUGCUUCAUCUUUGCAAUAUUUUACUUAGAAUUGCAAAAUUCUAAGCAAUGCUUAAACACUUUAUCAUAAACUUUUAAUUUAGAAUUGAGUAAAGAAAUAUUUUUUCUAGUUCUUCACAUAAUGAAAACUUGUUACGUGAAAUUGUGUAGUCUUCAUUUUCCAGAAGAUACUUCGAUGUGCCAUAGGUUUCUGUCUUAACUUCCUUGAAAAUAGUUUUUUAGUCACUUGUAAAUAUUAUACCUAUUCUAGUUAAAAAUAAUUUUAAGUUAAACUGCACCACAUAGCUUGAAAAUAUAGAGAUUUUGUAAUAUUUUAAAAGUGGCCUCUAUCACAUCUCAGCCUUUUGGCUAAGAUCAAGUGUAGUAUCUGUUUUUGUCAGUUUAAUAAAAGUGUCCUCUGCUAAAAUAUCUUAUCCAUAUAAACUUAUUCUUCUAUUCUUUGCAUGCUCAUUUUGUGUGUUGAUUGCUAGUUUAAAGUUUGUGUUGUUUUGUGUGCUAAAUCAUUAGGUAAGCAGAUUUUCCCUCAGAUUUUGUAAUGUUCUUUUUAGGAAAAAUAUAAAAAUGCUUUAAAAAGCUGCAUUGAAGGAACGGCCUAUCGAGAGUGCUAGAGCAUCUUUAGAAGGAAGAAAAGAUAGAAUACUAGCUUACUGGGUGAUGGGUGAUAUUUAAUUUGGGUGAUGAUAGUUUCUGUACUCUAUGAGAAAAAGGUACCAAAUCUAUAAAGGUAGUAAAUGUAAAAUCUGCUGUCUUCGAGGAAGCUCAAAACCACCCUAAUUUCAUAAAUGCAACUUGUAACACUAUGAAAAGAUUUAACCAACAACAUAGGUUUGGCUUGUGCUUUAGUUUUGUGAAGCAUAUUCUUUAGCUUGAAUUUCUGUGUCCAUGAGAAUUAGGAUGCUUUUAUGCUUCUUGAACUAAUUUUAUAGUAUACUUAAUAUAUUACCUAUUGAGAUAUAAAAUCAUUUGUACAUAUUGAAUUAAAAACCAGUUACUAAAGUAGGUGAAAUAGACCAAGUACAAUGAUAUUUGCAGGUUAUCCAUAUAUUUUUAGACAAAACAACCAAUUUAUUUGCACACCUGUGACUUUUUGAAGGAAAAUAAAAUGAUAAGGAAACUCAAUAUGAAACAUGCUCAAGGUAUUUCUCUAAAAUUAAUUGUAAAUCUGGUGCUGAAGGCUUUUGAUGAGCUAAAAUUUUCUUCUUAAUGAAAAGACAUAUUUUGAUUGUUUAGGGACUAAUCUUCAUUUUUAUUUGCUUUUGUGCAUUUAAUUCAUACAACAGGACAUUAAAAAUUAACAACAAAAGUUGUGCUCAUACUGUAUAUCUAUUUCUGUGCUUGGAACUACUUGUUUAUAGUUUAUAUUGAAGCUGUCAGCAAUAAGGGACAUAUUACUGCUGUAUUAUACAUUGUGGGAUUGAAUAAACGGCUUAAUUUUUUUUCAAGUAUAGAGUACUUAAGCAUUUCCAUUAUUGGAAAAAUUCAUGUAGGUAUUCUAUAUUACAUUUUGUUUAAAAGGACAGUGUUUUGGUUUUUUUGUUUUUGUAAAAUCUUUCCAUUUUAAAUGGCUUUAAACUACACAAUAAAAAUUGGGGCCUUUUUUUUUAAGUAAUAGAAUUAAAUGUCUUAUAUAGUGCUACUGUUUUUGAAUUAGAAAGUGUUCAAAUGUAAAAACUAAAAUUUAAAAAUUAAGCCCAGAAAACAAAAUAGUAUAUUAAAUUAGUUGAAUGUAAAAGAAUUUAUAAGAUUUUUUUUUCUUUAAUAUAGAUACCUCAUUUGAAAAUAAAGCACAGCAUACUUAAAGUAGUUCUAGUUUAAAAAAGUCCUACUAAAAAUUGCUAAAUAUAGGAUAUCUUUUGGGGAAUUAUAGUUUGGGGGAAGUAAAAUAUACAUGCUUUCAACCAUUCUGUUAGAAGUAUUUGUUUAUCCUGAUACUAUUAAGCCAACACAGUAGUCUUAAAUUAUUUCAGAAUUUUUAAUCUGUGAAGGCAGUAAAUGAAAUACCUGUUCUGCAACUGUUGAAAUAAAUUGUUGACUAUAUUGACCAUAAUUCAAUUUAAAAAUUUGCCAAUGAUGUAUAGUUUUAUGGUUAAAAUUGCUGUGGUUGGUUGCAUUACAUGACACAAAACUGUCCUCUACCUCACGUGAAAUAAAUAUUUUAUAUGGUUUUACUAUAAAACAAGACUCAUCUAUCUGGUUACUUAGUUUACAAAUUUUGAAUUAUAUUUAUUGAAACAUGACAUACUGUGCUCUUAGCUUAUACCUCAAUUGUAUUUUGUGCUGUUUCCAUUUUCAUGCCUUGUAAAUAACUUGUGUAGAUCGUGGAUUGAAUUCCAAAUGAAAACUUUUAAUGCCAAUAAAAUUGAUUCAAGCCAUCUUA